AGCGGCGGCAGCAGCACCCAGAGCCGGGGAGCAGCCCGCGGCAGCACACGCUCUCUCCGGGGCAUUGACCUGUCGCCUGUUGGGAUCACGUCAGGCGGACAUUCGGCUUUCGCGGGAAUUCGAAGAGUGUUCGAUCGGCUGUGGGUUUUUUUCAUUGUUAUUUUUUGGUUUUGUUGAAGGAGGGAGAGCGUUUUUGUGUUGCCAGGGGAAGAGAAAGUCCAAGCAGCCAUGAAGGGUCAUUCGCCGUCCGCCGCGUCACCACAAAGCCACCUCUGACCAACUCCGAUUCAGCAAACCGAAGAUGUCAGCGUGCAGCGACUUUGCAGAACACGUGUGGAAACCCGGCUCCUGCAAGAACUGCUUCCACCCGCUCAGUGCACACCACAAGACUGUCGGCGGCCUGGAUGUGCAGGCCGCCUGCUUGAAGAGCGCCCCGGGAGGUGAUGAAGAAUCUGGACUAACGGCGCCUUCGCCCUACAGCAAGCCAACCAUCGCUGUCAAACCCACCAUGAUGAACGAGUCCGUGACUGACGUCAACAUGAACAUAGAGCAGGAGAACACGAAGAGCCCAGUCGGGGGAAUGGGCUUGAAGAAACUUCUGGACCUGUCGUCCCUUUACAUUGACGGCAACGGCUGCAACAAGCCCCGUAGAGAGGGUGUUCUUCAAAGCCCCGAAGCCAAGAAGGACUUCAACAACUGCUUCUCCCUGGCUUCCUUAUCCCCCAACAUCCUGCCCAAAGACUCCAUGAUCAUCAGCAAUAUCUUUGUCACUCAGGAGGAGGUCCGGGGUUCUCAGAGUUUGAUGAAGAACGCCAACGGAGACAUCUGUAGGGAGCAGAGCGCGACCACCACAAUGACCAAGAGCACUUAUAAUGGAAUCAGUGGAACUGCCAGAGCAAAUCGUCAGGAGUCCCAGCGGGCAUCUGCGGAGAUGCCUUUUUCUGUGGCCCUUGUCACUUCCAGUUCCACGACGGUUCGUAGCAACGGCGUCAGCAGCGCUGGUGCUGCCGCCGUUGCAAGUAAGACUUUCAGCACUUCUGGUACGACCGCCACGGCGGCGCUGACCGCGGAGCCAUUCAGACACGACCCUCCGCCACCCGGACUCCACUCCCCUCCCGUCCUUUCUGAACAGAGCAGCCUAUCGGACUCCUCUUACCAAAGUAGCACGGAUUCACUUCCUGGUGCAGAGGGGUCCGGAGGAGGACGGGUGAAGACAGAGAGCCCCCAAAGCCCAACGGCCACGGGCAGCUUGCAGUCGGCUCCCGGCUCUCCCGACCAACAGCUGGACUCGGAACCCAUUUACGCACAGAGCACCAAAAUAAAGCGCCGGCCACAAGGAAACGGGGUGCAGUCCCAUCUGGUGUCCCCUAACCAGACAAAGAACUCAGCGAAAAGCCCCGAGCCUUCGGGAGAGAGUCACCGGGCCACCAUCACAAUAAUGGCCGCUCACACAGAAGAGAACAGGACCUUCUACCUUAGCAGUCCAGAUUCCGCCAUCAGCACCCAGUGCCACUUCAGCCCCACGGCGCGCAAGGACCCCAGCAGUCCGGCUUUCCGCUGGCCCAGCCACAGCCACAGCGCCCCCUCUUUGACCCCGGAAGCCUGCCUCAGCCCAACUAUUUGCCCCAAGCCUCAGUCUAGCCCACCCAUUCCCCCGAAGAGGAACACCCGAUCCCCAAAACUGGGCGCCUCCAGCCUCUCGCCGUCCAUCUCGUCCCCCGUCCCGCUUCCCGAUCUCUCCAGACUGGGCGCCUCCGGCCUCUCGCCGUCCAUCUCGUCCCCCGUCCCGCUUCCCGAUCUCUCCAGACUGGGCGCCUCCGGCCUCUCGCCGUCCAUCUCGUCCCCCGUCCCGCUUCCCGAUCUCUCCAGACUGGGCGCCUCCGGCCUCUCGCCGUCCACCUCGUCCCCCGUCCCGCUUCCCGAUCUCUCCAGACUGGGCGCCUCCGGCCUCUCGCCGUCCACCUCGUCCCCCGUCCCUCUGCCUGAGCUCCCGAUGCUUUUCCUCGUCUCUGCGAGAGAGGGCCACUUCAAGGUCCAGCCCGAGAACCACGGCGCAGCAGUGACUGAGCGCUGGCACAAGCCUCACCACCACAGUCCCGGCUGGAACUGUCGCAUAGAGGAAGAAGAGGAGGACGACGAGAGAGAGCCAAAAGAGAGGCAGAAGAGGAAGUCGGCUGCCAAACCGUGGACAACCUCUCCGGUGACAAGCUUGGUAAAUGGGGCUGCCGUCUGGAAGGAGGCCAGGGACUCCAAGGCCCAGAGCGGCCCCCCUCCGAUGACAGAGCCAGGCACGGCCCCCCCGGCCGCCCCCAACAAUGGUGCCUGUCAGGGGGAGAGCGAGGGCACCGGUGCAGAGGAGGAAGACAAGCAUAACGGGAGCAUGCCGUCCAAGCAGCCGUUGCACGGGGGCUCCUCGGAGCUGCUGGCAGCAGGACAGGGAGCAGCCAACAAUGAACCCCAUGCUCCACCUCCCCCACCCAAGAAACUGCACAGAGUUUCUAGCAAGAUGAGCGGCAGCAACAUGGAGCUGGAUCGCUGCAGCCGACACGCGCCGGCGGAGAGCCCUCCUCCUCUUCCUCCUCCUCCUCCUCCUCCUCCGCCUGUCAGGCGCUUGGGCUCCAGCGGCUCCACGGCGUCCACGGACAACCUGACCGGGGACGCCGGCUACCGGGAUGCUACGCGGCUGUCUUGCUCCUCUCCCUUCUCCAGAAGUCCGGCGGCCUCGGCGCCGGGAUCUCCGCACCUGCCGUCGCUGGGCAGCCCGGGGGCCGAGCCGCCGCCGCUCCCGGAGAAGAAGAUGCUCAACCGCACCGCGUCGGCUCCGGACGGCGCCAAGGGGAGGCCCCUCGCCCGGGCGUACCCGCGGCUCCCCUUCAGCGGCUCGGAGGGCGACGUGGGCCCCCCCGCCGCCUCCCGCUCCAGUUUGCCGUCGAGCCCCGUCGACCCGCGGCCCAUGUUCUCCUCCAGCGAGUCCCUGGAGCGCUGCCACGCCCCGCCGGGCCGCCCCUCCAGGUCGCGGACGCUGGAGGAGCCGCCGAAGACCCGCGGGCGCCUCGGGGCCCACUGCCGGAGCAGCGUCACCUGCUCCUCUUCCCCGCAGCUCAGCGCGCCCUUCUCGCCCUCGGAGCCGGGCCCCGCGGCGCGUUUGGGCUCCAGCAUGCAGCUGCAGACGCUCCUGAGCAACAUGGACAGCCGGGAGGGCGUGUACUCCAAGCUGGGGGGCCUGUACGCGGAGUCUCUGCGGCGCUUGGCUCUCAAAUGCGAGGAGCACUUCACCCGCUCCCAGAGGAACCCGCUCAGGUUCGAGGAGAGCAACUGGUCGCUGUUCAGGCUCACGUCCAACAAGCCGAGCUGCAACUCGGGGGACGCCGUGUACUACUCCGCCGCCUGCGCCUCCGACCCCAGCAACUCCUACGCCGUGAAGAUCUGCAAGAGCCCAUCCGUGGAGGCCAAACAGGGCCACCUGUACGGCCUGUCCGUGCUGCAGAGCAUGCCGCCCCACUUCAACCUGCAGCAGGACUGCGGGCACUUCCUCGCCUGCGUGCCCCAGAGCAUGCUGCCUUCCGACGAAGUCUCCCUGCCCGGCGCCUCCGCCUCGUCGCUGCCCCAGCCCCCCGCGCCCGCUCAGCAGGUGGAGCGGGAGCGGGUGGUGGUCAUCGCCUCCGAGAUCCCUCGGCACACGGCGGCCGACUUUGUCCGGGAGUGGGCCGCGUUCCACAAAAGCCAGCCGGAGGUGUACGAGCGCCGCGUGUGCUUCCUCCUCCUGCAGCUGUGCCACGGCCUGGAGCACUUGAAGGAGCACGGGGUCACGCAUCGCGACCUCUGUCUCGAGAACCUGCUGCUGGUGCCCCACGUGCCGCGGCCCUCCAAGUUCCCCCAGCAAGCCGCCGCCGCCGACAACGGCAGCGGCUCAAGCGGUGCCGAGAGUCAGCGCCACCUCCCGCGGCUUCUCAUCAGCAACUUCGCCAAGUCCAAGCGCCGCUCGCCCGAAGACGCCGCCUCCACCAGCGGGGACCCCCGCGUCAAGCGCGACCACGCCCGACUGGCGCCCGAGAUCCUCUCGGCAGCGCAGUACCGCAAGUUUGACGAGUUCCAGACGGGCAUCUUGAUCUACGAGCUCCUCCACCAGGCCAACCCGUUCGAGGCGAGUCCAGCGCUGAAGGAGCAAGACUACCGCUGCGAGGAGCUGCCCCCGAUCCCGGCGGUCUCCCUUUACUCCGCCGGCCUGCAGCGGCUGGCCCGGCUGCUGCUUCAGCCCGACCCCAUCAAACGCAUCCACAUCCAGGAGGCCAAGCGCGUCCUGCAGAGCCUGCUCUGGGGGCCCAGGAGGGACCUGAUGGAGCAGCAGCGGGAGAGGCGCGGCCAGGGGGUCGACGGAGGCCGCCACGAGGGCCUCCUGAACUGGCUGGACGUGAAGCGGGCCCUGCUGAUGAUGAAGUUCGCCGAGCGCUCGCUGGAGCCCGAGAGGAACGCGGAGCUCGAGGACUGGCUGUGCUGCCAGUACUUCUCCUCGGCUCACCCGCUGUCGCUCUGCCACACCGCCGAGCUGCUCUACUCGCUCAAGUGAUGGCGUCCGUGGCAAGUGGGUGGAGCUGAAGCUGCGUGAGAACGGGAGAGGCCGAUGAUUUCGGUAUAAUGUCUGUGGACCGGAACCCCAGCUGCUCGCGCCGCUGUUGCUGCCGCUGUUGCCGCCGCUGCUGCUCGCUCGGGAGCCGUGGAUCGACGCCACCAACGUCCUCGCUGCCUUUUCCACAGACCGCCUCCCGCUACGGACUCUCGACUCGGCGGACAAAUGAAGCGUGAAGAUUCGCCUGUCUUUAAAUGUUCCUGUAACCAAUGGACAGACUAAUAAAAGGAUACCCUUACCGGCUGGAAACACAUGGUGCCCGUGAUACAUCUGUAAAAAAGGAAGAUUAUGAACAGUGUUCAUAAUCCUGUAAUACACUUACCAAAGUUUCUAUUGUUUGUAUUUAUUAAAUAUCAAUUAUGACAUUUUUUUUUACCCACUGAAAACAGCUUAAUAAUUCAUAACCGGAUUCUGUUGGCUUGUUAGCUUUGAUAACAAUGCCGCGUCGUAUCUACGUAAAUGUGCAGCUAACUUUUACAUUUGAAUAGAAAUAUGACUCCCACUGUUGCACCUUUUCCAUGGACUCAUAGCGCUGAACUGAAUGACUGUAAAGUUCCAAUUUUCUUAAAUCAAUCCACAGGAACUCACACAACGUGUGUCGCUCUGUGAACACUGCUUUAGUUUCACAGCGUUGCAUUCUAGCCGCUUCGCUUGAAUUCACCAUGAGCCACACUGUCCAACGACUUGAUGUUGGUCGAAUUGACGAAGCAGCAACGCUAUCGAUUGGUUCUACUGAACGGAUGCCCAGUUUUCCUUUCAGUAUGUGUUUAAAUGUUUGGACAUUUGUAACAGUGCCUUUUGUUCUUUGUGUGUGUUACAGUGGCACCGAAGCCAAAUGUAAAUAAUGCUGAUCAUUCGUCCUUUGUGAAACUGGCCUUUCACUGAAUGUUCUAGAAAGACCUUUUUGUACAGUAAUUUGUAAAUCAUGUUAGAAGAAGAAUGAGCCCAAGCAGGUCUUAAAAAGCCAUGAAUAUGAACAGGAGUUAAAAAAUAUAUAUAUUUAUGAUACAAUUUGCUAUCCUGUAGUAGUCACUGGAAUUUCUCUGUUUAUAUUCAUAUGUGGAUUAUCAAGUUAUUUGGGUUUUCUUUUGGCGCUGCAGCAGCUGGGCCUGUUUUUAGCCUCCUGCCUGACCUUCAAGUUCAUGAGUACUUUAUCUUCAACAGAGGAAUUCUUAAUAAAGUCAAGAAUCUAACAGCCUGCCCCAGUUUUCAGUCCAUGACUCACUGACGUUUCUGAUGUUUUAGAGAGAGGAAAAAAAAACAUGCUCAGAUCUCAUCACUAUACAUUAUUGAUUUUUGAUUAUUUUGUGCGUGCCUCACCUAUUUGCAACUAUCAAUAAACUGUGCAUAUAUUU